AUGUAAUAAAUAUAUAACCCAGAUGAAAGGCUGAAUGUUGAAUUAUUUUUAGCAGCUAGAGAACUUCCAAAUCUUGAAUUCUUAUCUAAAAGUGAUCCUUAUUUAGAAUUGUAUUACUCUUUAUAAGGAGAACCAGAAAUAUGUUUAGGCAAAACUGAGACAGCUCAAUGCAACUUAGAUCCUAAUUGGGAAAAAUCAUUCAAGAUUGAAUAUCUUCCAAAUUUGAUUCAAAUACUUAGAUUUCAAAUAUUUGAUGAAAAUCGAUUGGGAAGAGAAUUUAUGGGAGAAGCAUAAAUCACAAUAAAAGAUAUAACAUAAUCAAAAAAUUCAUUAAUAUCAUUACCAAUAAAAAGAUUUGAUAAAAAUGCAGGAUAAUUAUUAUGUAAAGCAGUAUUAAUGAAAUAAUCAAAUCAUUUUGUAUCAUGGCAAUUUUGUGGUUUAAACAUAAAAAAUAUGGAUGGAAUUUUUGGUAAAUCUGACCCAUUUCUAAAAUUUUAUUUAAAUUCAGAUAAUGUAUGGUGUUAAAUUCAUUAAACAGAAUAUAUAAAGAAUAAUCUUAAUCCAACAUGGUAAGAAUUUGAAAUCUCUUUAUAAAGAUUAUGUUUUAAUGAUGAAAAUAAAAAAUUUAAAAUAGAAUGUCUAGAUCGACAUGAAAAAGGAAAAAAUAAUUAAUUAAUAGGUGCAUUUGAAACAACAAUAGAUGAAAUAUUUAAUAAAAAUAAAGCAGAAUUUUCUUUAGUUUAACCAAAAGGAGGUUAAGUUGGUACUAUAAAAAUUCUUAAUAAAAAAAGAAUUUUUAGGGCCAAUUUUGAUGAUUAUAUAAAGUAAGGUACAACUUUUAAUCUAAUUAUUGGUAUUGACUAUUCUACUCAUAAUGGUGUUCCAUCCUUUCCAGAUUCCUUACAUUCUUAUAUAGAAUCUAAUAAUAAAUAUGGAAAGGCAGUAAAAGAUGUAGCACAAAUUUUAGAAAAAUACAAUAUGAAAAAGUUGUUUGCUCUUUAUGGAAUUGGAGCUGAACCACAUUUAACUAAUUAUACAUUAAAUACUUAUUAAACCUUAUUCCCUUUGACUGGAGAUUUCUAAAAACCUUAAGUAGAAGGAUAUCAAGAAGUUGCUAAUUUAUAUAAAAAUACUUUGAAGCAGAUAGUUGUAAAAGGGGAUUUUCAAAUUGAAGAUUACAUUAAAUAUAUACAAACGAUAGCUGAACAUAAUGCAGGUAAACUAAUUUACACAAUAUGUGUAAUAUUAACUUAAGGAAAGAUUACAGAUAUAAAAAUAUUUUAUGAUUUGCUAAUAAAGGGUAUUUUUAGAUAUUAAUUUAGGUUGUAAAUUACCAUAUUCAUUAAUUUUGAUAGGAAUGGGAAAAAAUGAUUUUACAGAAGUGAAAAAUAUGAUAAAUAUAUUGUAAAAUUAGAAUCCUCCAAUAAGAAAUAAUAUAACAUUUUAUGAAUAUAAGGAGUAACCAAUAGAAAUGUUAUAAAAGCAUUUAUUGAAUGAUAUACCAUAACAUUUGGUUAGUUAUAAAUAAUGA